AUGCUCGUUCCCAUCGCACUUGUUUCGUUCCUGGCAUCGUCUGCCCUGGGCUGCGGCCUCAACAGUGUGUACCAGUACCCAAACGCUGCCCAGUACACUUAUGAUUGCAGAGAGCUGGCAACAGACGGCUAUGGACUGGCCAUCUGUCUCUUACAGAGAAACACCCUAAACGCGGUUAUGGGUUGCGCAAAUGUGGAUUCCAACGAAGUCAUCUCCUGGCAGGUGCAACGCGGUACCACCAUCGAUUCGCUGGACUUGAUACCCCCGGACUCGAUGACAGCCGAUAAGCUCCAAAUCGCGGACAAUGAUGCCGACGGCCAGCUGCGAAUUACACCGAGAGGUCUUCUCCUUGUAGCCUCGUACUUGCCGUCUUGCCAAAAGUGCAACGUUGAAGCAGCUUUCGCGAAGUGCCCUUACAACAACUUUCAGAAGUUCAUUGCGUGUCUCUGCUGCGAGCUUGUCGACGUCAAAAAGAUAGCUUGUUUGGAGGACUGCAUCUUCAACACCAACUACGGACUUUACAGCCAAAUCGCACAAUUCAAGCGGAUGUCAUGGACCUGUCAAGCCAGCUGCACACGCAGGACGAAGAAGAAUGGAUCGGCGGCGCAAAUCGAGGAUUCCGCAUUUUCCAGUACCAAUGGCACAGUUCCUUCCUGUGAUCCCAACUUGUUUAAGGUCAGAAAUGGAGAGAUGGUGUCAGACUGCGACGACCCGGAGUCUUUCAGCAACACCAUUACGUUGAUCACCGAGACUUCGACAUGGUCAAAAAUUGGGCAAUACACGGAGCCGACAGCAGCUGUAACUACCAACACCCUUGGAGGACAGAUAGCUACUGGUACGCAGUCGGCAGGUGGUGCUGCGGAGACGGUCACUCUUGAGGGUGCUGCAUCAACCUCAGCGACAGCGUCCGCAAGCAGCUCAGGAAGUGGCGCCGAGUCGAGCGCGAUGGGUGUUGAAGCACCAAUUCUGCUCGUCUUAGUACUCGUUUCUGCGUCUUUACUUUCGGUGUAG